CGCAUGACAGUUUGUCGAGGUGAAAGUGGGCUGUGUGUGAGUUUGUGCUGUUCGGGGCUUUCGACCUUAGAUCUCGAAGCCCGGGGCGGAUAGGCAGCUCCGCCAUUCACAGAGGCAAUUGGCUGCGAUCUUCUCCGCUACUCUCUGCGUGGCCCAAACACAGCAGACAGCGCGCGCGCACACACACACACACACACACACACACACACACACACACACACGCACGUUAUGUGGCGUGAGUGUGCGCGAUGCUGCAGGAGCCCAAAGUCCCUCGGUCCGUGGCGCAGUCUCUUAUCGGAAUGUUUGAAGAUUAACGAGGUUAUCCGCGUCCUGUAGACCACAAGCUACUGCCAGCUGUACCGUGCAGGCCAGGAAGCGGACAGAGCAGGCGCGCAGCGAGUCGAAGGCGGACUGGGAGGAAGGAAGUCACCGCUGUAGCUGCAUCGGACAACGACAGAGAACGGAACCAUGACGGAGAAACGGAUGUCGCGGUGGUAUUUCGGUGGGCUGGCGUCUUGCGGAGCAGCAUGCUGCACACAUCCGCUGGAUCUGCUCAAGGUACACCUGCAGACACAGCAGGAGGUGAAGAAGAGGAUGAUGGGGAUGGCCGUUCAUGUGGUGAAGAACGAUGGUGUGCUGGCUCUUUACAAUGGCCUCUCUGCCUCCCUUUGCAGACAGAUGUCCUAUUCCCUCACCAGAUUUGCCAUAUAUGAGACAGUAAGGGACAUGAUGGGCAGCACAAGCCAGGGCCCCAUGCCCUUUUACCAGAAGGUCCUGCUGGGAGCCUUUGGAGGUUUCACAGGUGGGUUUGUUGGCACGCCGGCAGACAUGGUGAAUGUCAGGAUGCAGAAUGACAUGAAACUACCUCCAGAACUGAGGAGAAACUACAAACAUGCCAUUGAUGGGCUCUUCAGAGUCUUCAGAGAAGAGGGUGUGAGGAGACUGUUCUCAGGAGCUACCAUGGCGUCCAGCAGAGGAGCGAUGGUCACUGUGGGACAGUUGGCGUGUUAUGACCAGGCCAAGCAGCUCGUGCUGGGAACAGGCAUCAUGGGAGAUAACAUACUCACACACUUUCUUUCCAGCUUCAUCGCUGGAGGCUGUGCUACAGUAUUGUGCCAACCUCUGGAUGUACUAAAGACGAGGCUGAUGAGCUCAAAGGGAGAGUACACAGGGGUGACGCAUUGCUUACGAGAAACUGCCAAGCUUGGUCCGCUGGCAUUUUACAAGGGUCUGGUCCCCGCAGGGAUCCGCUUGAUUCCUCACACAGUGCUCACCUUCAUCUUCCUAGAGCAGCUCAAGAAAAACUUCGGCAUCCGCAUCAUCUCUUGAGCAUGAUGUGUGACCAGGCGCUCUUCAAGACCCCCCCCCCCCAACACAGCCACACCACACCCUAGCAUCACUCUACUCCUGGCAUUUACAAGAAAAGAAGGAGAGAAAGGGACUUGUGUAGUUUAUUUUGGGCUUCUGUAUGUUUUCCUUUUACUUCAGCUCUACCUCCAUCUCACAGCUAGCAAUGACUUUGAUUAUCAUGAGCACCAACUUCCAGAAGGGACAAAUACUAAAACUGACGGACAAUAUCUUCUAUCAGCAUAGAUUAAUCAAUAUGAUGGUGCUUCAAAUGGGGUUAUUAGAAUGACAUAGAGAGAAUUAGCUCUAGCAGAUGUUUAAUGUAGUUGUUUAGUGUAAUUUCAGGCGGGGUUAGUUACGUGACAGAAUGAGAAGUACAGAGAUUGAGAAUUCAUCUGUCAUGUUCACAGACAGACUAAAUGUUGACUUUACCUAAUUCCCGAUCAGAUUUUGUAAUUUAUCUUUUACUUUCAGCAGUACUUAAGCCCAGUUUACCAGUGUAGUUCGGUGUUUUCAGAGCUCAAACUAAUGUGCGACGAUUGUGGCCUAAAAAGAUGUUUCCUGCAAGAUGUGUCAUAUUAGGCCAUGACAGAGUUUAUGAUCAGGGUCCCAAAUUACCACCAUCUACUAGCCAAAUGCUGGUAAAAUAUGCAAGUGGCUGGUAGAUUUGCUUCACAUACACACAGCACAUACUGUAGUAAUCAUUCCCAACAGUGGUGACCAAAUGUGAUGCAACCUGGAUUUAACAGUUCAUUUGUUUGCUUUUACUUAACUAAAUUAAUGUUUUAUAACUGGAAAUCAACUACUAGUAGGUUAAAAUGUUAACUUUGACCUGAUUCUCCUUUCCUUCAUUCCUCUGUCAAAUCUUUAGAGAAGAGGACCAAGCUUGAUUGUUUCGUGUUUUUAAGUAAGGAGGGAGUUUGUAGGGAUACUGUGAAACAGAGAGAGCAGACUUCCUGAUGAAGACACUCUUGGCAGUAGCUCUUUUUAGUUUCCCAGUUCCAGUGAAAUUCUGUAUGACCACUUGAUCUCUUAAAAGUUCUUACUGUUUGAAUAGAGCUGCAUGUAGAGGACUGCUGUAUUGUACAAGUGUACAUGUAGCAUUUCCAUCCGUAAUGUUACUGUUUCGUUUAGCUGAAUGCAUGUCAGACUUUAUGACUCAGGAUGCUACUCUGUUUAACAAGGCACUUUAUUAAAAUCCCUGGACUCCUACUGACUAACCUGCUGCGUAAAAACACAUGCUGCAAAAUAUAACAUGUUCUACAAGUAAAAUGUUUUCAGAUGGUACUGGUUCCAAUUGAGACCAGUGUGUAAUGUUUUGUGUCUCUUCCCAGGUAUUGUUUAAUAAUUUGUUUGGCCUUGAUUCAGUGAAAUAAUGCAUUAUCUUUGCUGUGCCUGCUCUGUUGACAGAUCUCGUCAAGUCAUGUUGCCUUACAGUAUGUGUCCUCCAGGAGGCAGUAUAGUAAUGUGUGAAUGAUAUCGAUUCCAACAACUUAAAGAUCUUCUCUUGGGCAUCCUGUGUGGUACUGCGCUUUCAUUCAAGGAUGUAUAUUUAAAAAAAGUAGCGCCACAAUCUCAGAGCAACCUCAGAUGAUGACUGUAACCUGCAUGUUCUUAUGCUCAAGAAUCCCUCAAUAAUGUGAGGUACUGUACACUAUCAGCCAUAGUAAGUAAUGUUAAGCCCAGCUUUAUUCAUAUGCACAGAAAUGAAACUGGAGGGACCCACAGUUCCGGGUGUUGUGAAUUUGUAUUUUGUAGAUUACUAACUAAUAAUUUUGGAAUUAAAAUACUAAUGGGAAAUGUG